CAAAAGUCAAAAUGCUGAGAUUCCUGGAAAUCGACCUGCCGCAAUCACUCAAAUUGAAAGACGACCAGCUCGCAGAUGAGGAGGAUGACCAGUUAUUCGAGGAACUCGUUCCGCUGGACACGAGCGCCGAGAAAAUCGGCGCCGAUUUGCGCAAAUUCUCGUCGCAGUUCCAAAAUGCGAUUUUGCAGUGCAAGCAGAAUGCGCCAGUGAGGAAAUUCAGCACAUCGACAAGUUACAAAAACAUCCUGGACCAAUUUAAAGCGGAAAAGGUGCGGAUAGAGGUGCCUGCGGUGCUUCUGCAGGAAUACUCGGUGGUCCCGCUGCUGCCGGUGCGGCUGCGAGACGCGGCGGCUCUGCGCGGCGCCAGGGCGGUGCCGGCGGCACCAACGAGGGAAGCGGCGCUGCUCAAGUGCGCCUCGUGGCUCGAGACGAACGAGCAGUUCGUCACCAGACCAGCCUCGUCCAGGGCAAGAGCAGCCUGGAAACGCGAGAAGAACGUCGUCACCGCCUCCAGAAGGGUCAAGAGCUCCAACAGCUAAUUUUUUUAUAAAUAUAUUUUUUGUUUCAAAUCUUUUUGAAGUGAACAAACCGAUUGUCAGAAUAUUCGAUGUGUUUUCAAUUUUCUCUUUAUUAUUAUGAGGCGUAAGUAAUGUUGAAUGAAUCAAUUUUAAUUGUAAAACGUUUUGAAAAUUUUGAUUUCGUUUCAAAUUAAAUAAUUAGACUCAUGAUGCUUAAUGCCGGGA